ACGUACCAGCCCAGCUUCUGUGUUUCGGGGGAGAUUUUGAUCUCCUUGCCUUCCUUUUCUGCUCGAUUGUUCAGCACUUGUCCGACAUCGGCCGAACUGCCCCUUGGAGGACGGCGGCGAUGGCGAGGUUAGAAGUUGCGUACCUAGGUCGUUGAUGUUGAAGACGCCAGGCAACGAGCUGCUCGCUCGCUUGUGCAUGACCUUGUCAUCAGGCGCGGCCGAGUCGACCUUCUUGAGCUUGGCUUCUUGUGCGUCUGCUGCCAUGUUGCGUGAGGGGCGAAGACGGGGAUGGAGAAGGGGUGGGGAUGGAAACGCGAGGGGGGAAACAGUGGUGGUCACGAGAUGAAGUCGGAGGUGCAAGAGCUGUGGUGCAGGAAGGUCCGCACACUCAAUUUCAGCAAAGGGUGUGGAGGGGAGGUGGAAGGGAGAGCGGGGGAGGGAAGGCAAAGGGAAGGGGAUCUGAGGCCGGGGCCCCUCCUUCCUCUCCUCCUUCCCAGAGCUGUUGUCACGCGACUGCUCGUCCAAUCGAAAGUGGGGAAGGCCCAUCCCCGGACCCCCACAAACGCGGGGUUUCCACCUGCACGUGAUGUGGUGUUUUCGACGCGACAUAUGGCAAUGCAAUUGUUCUGCAAGCGUGUUGCUGUAUUUAUAUGUCAUCGCGGACUCAGCAGUCAAGUCGACACUACGACCACUCACCGGAAGCAAGUACACAAGUGUAGUCACGUGAGUGAAUCCACACAACGGCGUCGGUGGAAAACUCAAAGCAUACAUGCCCUUUCCACACAUCAAUUCGGACAAAAAUGUCUGCGAAUGGCUGUCCGUACAUGCAUACUUUCGUGCCAGUUGACCAACACCAAGACGAACAAAUCGAGUCGAAGUGGGCGAGGGAAUCUUAUAACCAACCGAGCUCGCUUUGCGGCUCUUGCCUCCGAUGACACGAGCAAAGAUGUUGCAACACCUGAGGCGCCUGAGCCUCUCGGCUCUGGGAUGCUGGAUGGAUCAUGGCGACCGUCAUCCGGCCCCAAGACCCUGAGACCAGCUCAGGAAAGGCGAUUGAAUCCAUCACGAUCGCUUUCGGCGCUAUGUCCCGCUGCACGAACCCCCGACAAACCUGGAUGCAAGGCAAUCAGUGUUACUCGGGGCAGUCGUGCUGCACGUGGCGAUUGGCAGAUGAAUGCCGCGGUAGGGCACACUGUGGCGGCGGCGGCUGAAUUUAGAGCUGGAACAACGAUCCUGCCCCCUCUCCACACUGACUCGAAGGCUCUUUAUAAUGCCCUUCUCUGCCGCCAAUGGGGGCACAAUUUCCACGAUGCGGCUGUGUGGUCUCUUGGACUUCCCGAUGCAGUAGUCGUCGGCUUCCCAAUACAGUGAGGGUGAUGCAGGACAGCUUUAUUAUUCUCUUCGGCUUCCAAGUUCGAUUGCAGCAACUUGAAGUCUGUUUCCUGGAUGCAACUCUGCAGAGCGGCCCAUCUCU